AUGGAGCCGACACUGCGGGGCGACAGUUCCGUCUCAUCGGAUUACUUGCUUACCUGGAUUGCUCGAGGUGAGCAUAGACAACCCAAAACUAACCCAGACCAUUCAGAGAGCCCUAAUCUUGGAUUCGCAUCGAAUUUCUUGGAGGCCUGCCAGCAGUUACUUGCAAAUAUUUGGACAUGUUGCCGCCUGGACCGGACACGAACAGUGCUUCAGCAAAGGAGGAUCCGCGACAACCUCAGCCGCCUGGUCCUGUGGAGCGACUCUCUCGACCAUGGACAACUCGAUGUCUGUGUGGAAAGAUCUGCGGAGGUUCAUGAUUGUGUACUCGAAAUCUUGUUAAAGAUUGGAACAGCCCUGGUUAAAGGUGUGUACACGAUCGAAGCAGUCAGAUCAGCACUCCCAAAUGAAGACAUCACAGCCCCGCUGCGAACUGUUUCUGAGCACCUAGACAAAGCAAAAUCCAUACUUGACAUUCCCGACGAAGAAAUUGAAACUUCCGACACAGAUUCUGGAUCAUUGGAAAUUGACAGCUCCAUAGCUCGUACAGAAUUGAAAUUUCACAAGGAUUUGCAUAAUUACAUGAUCUGUUUAGCAGACCUUAAUCCCCUGCUUGAGGAGACCAUAGAGGUGGAUCUAUCUGGCAGGAGGCAGGAAGAUCAAGCUUGGGCAAUCACCUUCCAUGUCACCGAUGCUGCUUGGUAUUUGGUAUUGCAAAUUCAUGAUAAAUUCAGAAACGCCCAGACCAGCCUUGUCGAACGUCUUGGGGAAGCCAACUGGCAAAGAUUCCUUCGCAUCAGGAAGCAUGGUCGACAACAGUCUUUGUUGCAAGAUGAAGCAGAGCAUCAGGAUGGAGGCAGACGAGAAGAAAAAGUCAAUGAAGAAGAUGCAAAACUCCUUUCCAACUGCGCACAGCGUCAAGAAUACGCCGAACCAAAGUCGAUUUUCAGGUCCUUAUCAGAAUUUCACGAUUCUGGACUUGGAAGCUCAAAGCCUGCGCGCUCCCAAGCGGCAGCCUCGUUGGCUUCUCAUAGUUCUUUUCGAUCAACUCUGACCGAAAAUCACCAAGGGAGGCCUAGGGUACCUUCUAUGCCUCCCGAGGUCUUUUCCGGCAAGCCAUUUAUCUGCUUCAUCUGCGGUAAGAAACUGACAGUGAUUAAAAACCGCAUUGAUUGGAAAAUGCACGUUUUCCUCGACCUGCAACCAUAUAUCUGCACCUUCGCUGGCUGUCGCGAUAUGCUCGUUACCUUUCCUACGAGAGCGUUGUGGUUUGAGCAUGAAUUACAACAACACAGGGUCAAAGAGUCUUACAAGUGUAACGACUGCGGACAAGAAGUUGGCAGUAGAGACUUAUUCAUUCGACAUCUUGAGGUUGAUCACCACAUGCCUUUGAAUAAUCAGCAGCAGGCUACUGGGUGGCUUUCGCGACGGCAAUUCGCCACUCACGUUGCCUGCCACAUGGAAGAAAUUGCCCUUACAAGCCUGCCAAGAAACGAUGAGGAUGAUAGUGAUGGUUCUGCCGUUGACGAGGAUGACCCCACGCAUUCUUUUCCCAAAUCUGAUAACGCAAGCAGCAUCCAGCUGGAAAGGAUCUCUGAUAGCCCUGUCGCUGACGAGAGUGACUGCACACAUCCUUCUUCUUCCAAAUUAAAUGACGCAAGCAGCGUCCAUGUGGAAAGUGCCCGCCAAAGUUCAUCAACAGACACCAAGAGCGAGCACUGGGUGACGAAAGUCUUCUUGGACACAUCAACUACCCUCCUGACUAAGACAGGUGCCAUCUCGAGAUGCUACGGCGAGCACACCCCGGAAGCACGUACACGUCUCAAAGAAGAGUUCAAAGAAAUCUUGGAAAUUGCUUUUGGUAGUGGGAGCGAACUCGUCGCCCGACUCUACUACCGUGAAGGCGAUCACCGCGCCCGCAUCUUAUGCAAAUGGCCCAGUAGCUCUAAUGGAGGCAGCAAGUAUUCCUGCCUGCCCCUCAAUGUUCUUGAGUUCCAUCGAGCCGAGUCAUCAUUGCAGAUCUGCACGAAAAAACGAGGAAGUUCGAAGCUAGACCUUUGGGCAAAUUUCGUGUUCAGCACCAUUGAAAGACUGGUAGUCUUUUAUUGCACGCUCCUCUCGCUGCGUGGUCACGACAGCUGCAUGCCAGUGACUAAUAUUCAAGACUAUGAAUUGGUUGGUGAAGCUGAAUUGUUUGCGGGCAAAAUCAUAGAUGACAACUACCUCCAUGCCUUACGUGUCUACCGCGAUCGUUAUUCGAGAGCCGUACGUCUACAGGCGUCGGUGCACAAAGGGGAGAUGAAGAGAGUGCCGAUCUGGACCGCCUUUAUUACACAAUACCUCGUCUUUCCAACCUGGUUACGGCUUGCGAGCCCAACUCUGGUUUAUCUUCGAGAGCUGAGGCGUCAUAUCUUUUCUUCAGACUAUGAACCUCAAGUUACAAACAGAGGUGAACAUGUGUUUAAGUUUACUUCAGCAGGAGACGCGAUGGCCUUUGUACAAACAAUUGAAGACCUCGCUGAACUUUACUCGCCCCUGUCACAGUCAGUCCAUUCGCAGCCAUUCCCUCCGGAGCCGCUGCCCCUACAUUCGCAGCAUCCUCCGUCGCCGUCGCCUCCACCACAACAUCCACAACAUUCUAGGACGAAUUGA